AUGGCUCGUAUCACGGACGACGAAGAGAAGAAUGUACCACAAGUUGUGGGAAUCGAGGUUGAUACUUCCAGCCAAGAGACUCCGAUACGUGUACAGAAGACAGGUUUCCUAGCUAAGCUGCGAAGCUAUGAGGAAGCACUUGAUCGUAAGCUAGGGGUUGAAUCACAUAGCAUCGAACGCAAACUUCCCGGCAAUAGGAACCCCUUUUAUGCUCGAUGGUCGGGCCACUUCUGGGUAGGCGGUUGCAUGAACCUUGGCACCUUCGCGACCGGCUUCAUAGGAUGGGAGCUGGGUCUAGACCUCCGGCAAAGCAUCUUGGUCAUCAUAUUUGGCUCUGUCGCGGGUGGCGUAAUCACAAGUUGGUGUGCAACAAUGGGACCACCGACAGGCCUUCGUCAAGUCUCGAUCUGCCGAUAUUCCCUCGGUUGGUACCCGUCCAAAGUCAUCGCGAUAUUCAAUGUUAUCCAGGAGAUCGGGUGGUGUGCCUCCGGGUCAAUCACGGGAGGACAAGCACUUUCCGCAUUUUCAGAUGGCAAGGUUGGUUCCCAACUUGGCGUCGUUAUAGUCAGUAUAAUGAGCUUGAUAUUCUCAUUCUUUGGCUUGAAAGCGGUGUAUACAUUUGAGAAGUUCGCUUGGCUUGUAUUCCUCGCUAUCUUCUUAAUCAUCCUCGCGGAAAUCGGUAGAUUUGGGGACCUCAGCGCUCCACCGUCGACUCGUGGAGCUUCGAACUCCGGAGCGGCAUUGACAUUUUUCAGCGUCAUGUACGGCUCCAGUGCAUGUUGUGCAGGUUAUGUAUCAGACUUCUAUGUCGAAUAUCCAGCGACAAUCGCAAAGACGUCGAUAUUCUUGCUGACCUUUUGUGGUCUUUUCGGUUCUACUUGUCUCAGUGCUGCAGCUGGGGCCAUUGCUGCGUCUGCCUUACACAAUAACCAAGAAUGGAACGAACAAUACGAGGUCGGCGUUGGGUUCUUGAUUCAGACCAUGAUAUAUCCAUAUGGACUAGCAAAAGCGAUUCUUUUCCUGCUGAUGUUCGCGGCCGUCGGCUUGAAUUGUGGAUCGAUGUAUAGUGCAGGCCUUUCGAUUCAGCAGGCCUCUCACAGCUUGGCUGCAGUGCCGAGGUUCGUUUGGGAAAUUAUCUGUUUUGCUGCAGUCGUCGCUUUGGGCCUGGCUGGUAGCGAUCGGCUUCUGGUGUUUAUACAGAAUUUCCUCAGUUUAUUGGGUUACUAUGCUACCGCCGUCUUCGUCUGCUUGGUUACUGAACACUAUUUAUUUCGCCGCGGCUCAUUCAAAAACUAUAACUUGGAUGAUUGGAACAAUCGCAGUAUGCUACCGGUUGGAUAUGCCGGGGGUCUUGCUUUCGCAUGCGGGAUAAGUGGAGCUAUUAUAGGUAUGUCUACAACGUGGUACACCGGCGUUGCUGCAAGACUGAUCGGCGACGCUGGCGGUGAUAUCGGAAACGAGCUUUGUCUCUUUUUAACUCUUGUUGUAUAUAUCCCGGCUCGGUUCGCGGAAAGGAAAUUUGCGAACAAGUGAAUAUGUGGAAGAUCAGAUACUAACUUGGCAAGGGGCAAAUGCCCCUUUCGUCGGAUAACAUCAUGUAUGUAUGUCCACAUAUGUACAAUUGUCCGGUUUGAUGCUGGUCUUGCAUAGGAUCUCGAUAAUACUCCGUCAGGGGCGCCUCCGCCGCCUGCCAAGAAAAAUCGCCUACACUAAGCCAGCUAACCAUACUGUCUUAUGGCGUGGAAUAUUCUCCGACGAAUACGGACAUUUUUCGGAGAGGGAGAUAUACGUCUAUAAGAGGGUUGUAUUUUCUACGUAUACGAAACCCAUGUCUAGGUUGUAGCUGAACCACAUCUCGGGGAAGUAAUAAAGGGGAUCAAGAUCCCUGGGCUGGACUUACCUAGGUAUAUGUGAUUAUUUUAUUCGCGAAAUAUAAUAUGAUGUUGUUAAGCAUGCUGCUUAGUAACUUCAUCGAUCAUGACGUGCAUAUGCCAAGAUGUAAUUCCCAUACCUAGUCCGACUUAGAAGCGAGCCGCAUUAAUGUAUAAGGUUUGAAUGUGGCUUUGCAGGCCGUUUACUUGGCUAGCUUGGAGCAUACAAGGUCGAGUAAGCACCUAAGCACGCCGAGAGUAGGAUAGUGAUGGUAGAAAUAGUGUAAAACAUGCACCGGUGGGGGAUGUGGGAUUUCAAGUAAUUCCAGCUGGACAUUUCG